CGUAGACACACGAGCUUAGAAAUGAUGAACACCGGCGACACGACGGUACACUUCACCAAGAUGAAACCCAUGGAGCUGGCUGAGAUUCGCUCAGUGCUGGAGAAGAGACCCAAGGAGAAGUUCUCCCUGGGUCUGUCGCCCGAGGCCCGGGAGGCCAUGAUGCAGGUGUCGGAGGAGACCAAGAUCCAGCAGGCGGCCAGACGCGGCAAGCGGGGGUCAAAGGGCAACGUCCUGUUCAACGAGACGGUCCAGAUACGGCAGGAAGUGGCCGCCGGUCCAAAUAUGGGCAGGCGCGCGAGCGUGUCCGACAUCUUUGACCACUCGCAGAUCGACAGCACCUACAAGAGCCACAUGGGUGCCCUCAGCAGUACCAACGGGGAGCUGACGGAGGACGGCGCCACCCCCAGGAGGACCCAGGGGCGUCGGCGCAGCUCCGUGACGAAGUGGGUGAUUGAGAGACAGAGCACACUGUCAGGGAGUGGGGUGGAUGAGGUGGAGCAGGUUCAGUCGGCCAACAGGCUAGCAGACGACAGCGCAGACGUGACCUCACCAUAGGAGAUCUCACAACGACUGUAUGGGAAAACGAUUUGAAACAAUCCAAUAUCAAAGCCACGCCCCGAAGAAUGUUAUGAUCCAUAUUGUGAUGAUAACUUUUAGAAAUGUUUAUUGAUGUCAAAGCUAGCAAACUUUGAAUGAACAGCUUGGGAUUUCGUGUGUGAUAUCAAUGCCUUUUUUAUAUUUUUGUACAAUGAAUGACCAUUUAUUCUGCACACACCUAUACAGAGUUGAGUUGGUUCAGCACAUUCGUCUGUUUAAAAUAGCACGCUCAGAGCUUUUAUAAGCUUUAUUUAGUUAUCAAUAUCUGCAAAUAAUGAAACAAAUGUUAGAAAAUCAUACAAUAA